AGAAGACAGAGUCUGCUAGCAUUUGUCCCAUUUACGCUCGUUUCGUUUUCUUUUGGAGACGAUGUAUCAUGAUGUAGAUACUGCUGGCUCUUGGGAGGGGAUCAUAUCAGGCGUUCCGUUUUGGGUAUAUCUCACCAAGACGCUUUUCGGGCGUAACAACAACAUAAUUUGUCAGCACUAGACAAACACGAAGACGACAUCUCACGACAUCGCCAUGUAAACAUCAUUCAAAUCAUCUCUGUGUGGUUUUUACCCCUCUUACCGUCGCGAUGCCACGAAGAAAGAGCCCGAGUGAGGACGACUGGCACGGGAUCCACGAUUCCAAAAAGCGCAAGCAGAUACAAGACCGACUAGCGCAGCGAGCACGCCGGAAACGUCUCCGUGAGGCAGAAAACAAUGCGAAACAAUGUCUCCACGAGCCUGAAACGGCUGCAUCGAGCGAUGAUGUUGCAAGCUCGCGCGUCGAGUCUCAAGUCGUCCCGUACUCAGGAACGUCGUCGGUAUCUCACACGACAUGUCCCUCUCUCGAAGCAUUUUCGUUGGCCUUGUCGGCCGAGGAGUGUGGUGAGGUUGUCUAUCCGGAGUUUGUUGAGCGUCGAUUCCCGUCGAGUGAUGCGGGUUUGGCAUCAUGCUCGGUCGCAACUGCCCUCGAGUUACCACUGGCAGUCAGUCCAUCUUCGCAGCCGCACUAUCCAAUUACGGUAUUUGGAGCGCUGUACAUUAAUGGUCAGAUUCUUGGUUUAGACUGUGCGAAGAGCGAGGCUGGCAAAUCGCCUCCUGUAUGCGAUAGUGUGCCUGUUCCACUACAUCCUACGGAAACGCAACGUCUAACCGUCCAUUAUCGCUGGGUCGACCGUGUCCCAUUCCCAAAGUUCAGAGACAACUUCAUCCAUCUGAGUGCCGUGAUUGACGAUGAAGAAUUCCUGCACGAUGUGUUCACAAUGCCUACCUUCCAGCUUCGACACGGAACCGCGCCUUGGGAUCCCAGAGGCUGGAUUAUCGAAAAACCGUUCGCGGAGAAGUGGGGAUAUCUCUUUUAUUGACGACUUAACGACCAAGAAGGAGCAGACUAUCGCCACAUCGACAUGAAAUAUAUACAUUCCCCUAACACAGCAGUGCCCUGGAGAGGAAUGAUACAACUAAGGAACCACGAGUCACUUUACUUAACUGGAAUACAAAGACCCUACUGCCCGCCCUUCUCCGCCAACCCAACGAUCCAGGAAACCGUCUCAUCCAAGUGCGAAACCGAAGGGCAGUGAUCAGAAUUCAACCUCGUCACAUCGACCUUCU